AUGCGUACUUUCCCGAGACGGGAGUCGGGUCGGGUGGGUUCCGUCAGCUCGUCCGGAUGCUGCCAGCUGUCGAACACGGCUAGAGUGAGGACGGUUGUCCGAGAUGGUGCGCGUGCGGACCCACUUACUGCCGUAUUUGGCGACAGCGUACGCGUCGGCAGACCCCUUCCCUCCGGAUGUUGUUUUUGUCGGGACGAGAUUCCGGCACCCGAUGAUUCCGAGCUCGAUUGUCCCGACUGGGGGUUUCCAGAGCUGGCGGGCAGUAGGGCGGUAGUCGCUGCACACAUGGGCACCCUCGUCCAUCACGUGGUAACCCCCAUCGAAGCAAAGCCGCAGCUGGACCCUACCUCUGUAGGCUUCUCCUCGCUGUUGGGGUCUUCCAUGGUGCACCACCGUGGGGCCACUGUGCGAUCGUCCACGCGCCGCUCGAUAGACAUUAACGGAACCCUGGCGACGCCCACGACAAGCGGCUCUUUCGGCGUCGGCCGGUUUUCGAGCAGGAAGAAUGUGAGGCUGUGCUCGGUGAACGGCUCGGCCGCCACGAACAUUAGAUCCUCGUUCCAAGUCGGGCCACCCGUGCUCGAGACGGCCGGUUUGGACGACUGUUUGAGGGGCAUUGGCAUCGGCGUGGGAAGGUCUUGGGCCUCGACGACGCACGACCGAAGGUACCACAGCUUAGGCGACUGGUACACCUUCGAUCUAGAAGUUGGGCUGUUGGCCGCAUCGGCCUUCCACGCGUCGGGGAACGACUCGUCCGCUUGUGUCCCAACCCACGCGGCCAGCAUCAAGUCGCCCCGGUGGGCCCCGCCGCCUUCCAGACGGUACCACUGUGGGGCCAGUGAGCUGUCGGGCGGGUCCCGCAGAGGGAUCUCGCCCGCAUCGAAGCAGAUCCCUCCCAGGAAGCCGCCGCCACCGGCUGCCGGGUCCCACACCGAUACUUCUAGCACGUCGGACGAGUCCCCGCGUGCAAAGGCAAACGUCUGUUCCCAUUCGAAGCUGGCGGCCGCCAGGCGGGCUGGCCGAGAAACGACAUGGCGGCCUGAGACAACGAUUUUCACCACGGGGGAGCCGGUGGUCGGGAGGGACCGGGCCUUGACGACUCGGACGAAGAUAUAG